AUGAAAUUUGGCAACAAUUUACAACAUCUAUCGGUACCCGAAUGGAAAAGCUACAACAUAGAUUACAAUGACUUAAAGUAUAAAAUCAAACAAAUCACCAAACAAGAUACGCAAGACCUUUCCCUUUUACAAUCAGCCUUUAUUGAGAAUAUUGAUUAUGUCAAUUUGUUUAUACAAACAAAAUAUGGAGAGUUGAAUCGGAAGUUUGCCUACCUUGAAUCCAUAUUCAACAAUUUACUACACUUGAAAGAUGAAAUAAAUGAUUAUGAUUCACUACGGUCAUUUCUUAUUGAAAUUGAUGAAUUAUUCUAUCAAGCACUUGAAUUAUCAAUCAUUUUGAAAAACUUGUCUAAAUUCAUUUUGAUUCAAAAGAUUGCCAUCAAAAAAAUAUUCAAGAAAUUCCUUAAGUAUUAUCAGUAUAAAAAAAUUGGUACCAAAUUUGUUGUUGAUUUAAAAGACAAUCUCCUAAUCAAGAACCCCAAAUCAUUUAUCAAUUUUGAUUUAACUAAAUUGACUUUGAAAUUGACAAAUUUGAUCAAUUUGAUCAAAUAUGAACGCAAAGUUGUUGAAUGUUUUAAUGGUGACUUGCAUCGUAAAAACUCGUUAUUUUCAAUAGCUUCAUCAUUGAAUACUGCAUCUGAUUAUCAAAAUUCAAUUCUCAAUAACCACCAGGCAGCAACUGCAACUGCAACUGCAACUACAACACAGCUAAUCCCUAAUAAAAAUGGUACUUUUGCUACCACCACUGCCACUGGCACUACUAAUUCAUCACCAAAUACUGCAACCACAGUCACCAUCAACACCAACACCAACACCAACGCCUCAACCAAUUUCUACAACUCCAACCCUCAACAGUUUCCAACAUCACCUGAGGCACACUUUGAUUUGACUGUACUACUAAAACGUAACUUUCAAUGCCAUUGUCUAGUACCGGCCGACUUGACUAACGACAUGAUCCUCAAUUUCAAUGUCUAUCUUAAUCUUAAAUGCAUUGAAGAUAACAUUAUAUCUGCCAUUUACUUGAACCAAGAUUUGUUGAAAGAACCCGCCAUUAUUUUAUCGAGUGACACUAGUCAACUGUCGAUUGUGUUGGCUCCAACGGGUGGAUUGAGAAAAAACUCUUAUUGCAUUUUGCCUAACGAAAUUGUUGAAGUGUUUUUAGCACAUUUACAAGAUAGAUCUAAUGAAGAGUACAAGACUCGAUUGUAUGAUUACUUUCAAGACUCAAGUCAAUUGACGAAAAAAACCAUCAAUUACAUCGUUGCUAAUGAUUACUUACCCGUAUCAAGAACAUUUUGUCAACGAUCAAGAUUCAGAAUAGAUAAACAUAGUGGCGAAUUGAAUGGCGGUAAUAAUAAUGAGAUCCUCAUUGAUCAAACGGGAUCGUCUACUUUGCAUCAACCAUCUCAACAACAACAACAGCAGCAACAACAACCACCACCGCCACCACCACUCGACGAAAAUGACUAUUACAUCACAUUGGAAAGUAACGUGUCCACCACUAAUAAACCCAAACACAUAAAUACUGUUGUAUUUCCUGAAGAUUUUAAUGAAAUGGACUGCUUUCCUCACGGUCACCUUGGUAUAUAUUCCAAUGAUUUAAACUUGUCAGAAUUUGAAUCGUCAUUAGUGACUGAGGUCGAUUCUCAAACAGGUGUGUUGCGAAACAAGCAUUCCCCUUCAUUUGCUCGUCGUUUUCCCAAGAAACUACAAAUGAUUCUUCAAAAUAAUGCCGUAUCUUUAUACAAGGGGUUCAAUUUUUAUCAAUAUCAAAUAUCGUGCUAUUAUAAUAUCGUCCCCAAUGGAGAAUUUAUAAACAAUCAUUAUACGAAUUUGCUCAAUUUAAACUUGUUGAAGGAAUUUGAAAAUAUCGAUGCUUGUAAUCAACAAUUGAAUCAAGAAGAGGAUUUGAUUCGAGCCAAAUCAGAUAAUAUAAUGAAGCAUAAAAUGUCGAUACAAAAUUUGCAACAACAGGAUCAAGUGAUUCAACAACAAGACCAACAACAGAAGCGACGCAUUCAGUCGUAUUUACAUCAUCAACAUCCUCAAAAUAGUUUUGGAUCAAGCAUAUUUGAAAAUGUGAUACGUGAUUCUGGUAGUUUAUCACUUCAUGAGGCGAAUUUAAGUGAUGCUGAUGUCGUUGUGGAUGUAGUUGGUGCUGAUAACGAUGCGGAUGAUGAAGUUAUGGAUCUACAAAAUAACCAAGUGACUAACUUCCUAGUUUCAAUUCUCAAUCUAAAAAAUAAAUUCCUCAACCAGGGUGAAACCGACUCGUUAAAGCUGAAACCAAACCAUCAUCAUAAAAGACAACAUUUCAUUAACGAAAAUCCAUAUUAUUUUGCUGAAGAUGCCGUUCACGAUGAGCACGAACAUUUGCUUGAUCCAUAUACCAAGCUCCUCUCAAUAUACCACGGCAACAAAAAUGGUAACAACAAUCCUUAUGACGCCAUCAAUCUCAAUUAUUCAACUUAUGAUUCCAUCAAUGAAGAACCAAUGUCGUUUUUCCAACGUAAUGAAUACCAAUUGAAAUAUGAAUCCAACUAUGAUCAAACAUUAUCUUACAUUUACUUGACCUUGACGAUAAUCUCCCUUUUCUUAUGUGGAAUCCAAUUGGGCACCAUAUACUCGAUAUUCUCCAGUAUCGGCAAUAUCGAAGACUCCAAGUUUCUUAUUCGUGAUAACUUGGGCAUUUUCGUUGUGUUGGUGCUAGGCAUGAUUAUUUCAGUGGGGUUCAAUUUGUUGGCGAUUAAUCUCUUGUGGUUUCGGUAUAGUGACCCUGUCAAGUUUCACAACUUUGCUGUGAGUGGUGCGUUGGUUAUUAAUUUGGUGGGGUGUGUUUGGAGUUGCGCUUUGUUGUUGCAUUGUUUCUAA